GCAGAGUGAGACAUCUUCCCUUGCUCCCCCUCUUGCUCCUGGCUCCCUCGCUAGCUGUCGUCACAUAAACCGUCCAGGGGUUCAACGUUAUCAUCAGGAAGAGUCGCUCUUGUGGGAGCUUAAUUGACAGGUUGUGAGUUGUGGAAAACUGGCUGGAGGCUUCCUAAGAUGGUCAGGGCUGGAGGUCUUGUGAAGUUGGCAGUGCUGAUCUCUGUCUUUCUCAUAGCUGUCUUUCUGGCUUUUGAAUUGCUGGAGAUUAACAUGGAUUUUAAUCUGGGGAGCAUAUUUGCGAGACCUGUGCAGGUGGAUGAAGGCCCAACCAAGCCAGUCAAGUACAAGUGUGGGCUGUCCAAGGCAUGUCCAGCCGGCCAUUUUUCCUUCAAGAUGGCCAGUGGAGCAGCCAGCGUGGUGGGGCCCAAAGUCUGCCUGGAAGACAACAUACUAAUGAGUGGUGUGAAGAACAAUGUUGGGAGAGGAAUCAACAUUGCCCUGGUUAAUGGGAGAACAGGGGAGCUGAUUAAGACUGAAUUCUUUGAUAUGUGGGCGGGAGAUGUGGCUCCCUUAAUUAAGUAUCUUAAGGACAUUGAAGAAGGGACAGUUGUGAUGAUGGCCACCUUUGAUGAUCCCGCAACAAAACUCAACGAUGAAGCCAGGAAGCUGAUAGCUGAAUUGGGCAGCUCAAACAUUAACAACCUGGGCUUCCGAGAUAACUGGAUCUUUGUGGGAGGCAAAGGCAUCAAGACUAAGAGUCCCUUUGAGCAGCACAUAAAGAACAGCGCAGACACCAACAAGUACGAGGGCUGGCCCGAGGUCCUGGAAAUGGAGGGCUGCAUACCUCAGAGGCAGGGUUGACAUUUGACUUCCCGCUCCUCUUUCCACUCUCUCCUCUUGUCCUUGGGAGACUGUUUCCUGGUUACACCUCUGUGGGCUGACGAAGUUCUUAACCCUCAAGCCUUUGAUUCCUCAUUGCCUAACAGGAACUACUUGCAGAACAACAUCUUUUCAGAAGGGAUUAUAAAGGACUGACGAAACUCAUGCUUCAGUAGACUGUUAUCUUGAAGGUGAAGCUCAGCGUUGCCUGCACUUUUCCAUUUCUUUUGGCUAGUAGUACAUAGAUGGGGAUAGUGCUAAUCAGGGCUGGUUUGAAGGAUAUUAUCAAUGUAUAUUGGUAUACUAUCACACAUACACCACUAGUAAGGCUGCCUGAGUCAACUGAGGGUGUUGCACUAUUGAUGAUGGAAAUUAUAUUUAAAGCCCAAUUUUAUUUGGGAUUUUUACUGUCCUAAAGCUCAAUUGCCCAAAUCUAGCCUUAAUCUCUUUGUCCAGCUCUCUCUUUUUUAAUGUUCUGUAUUUUUUCCAUACCAAAAUGAGACUCAGUGGUUUUUGAAUCCAGCUCAGUGUGUCUAGCAUGAGAUGAAUCCAUGCUGAAUGUUCAGUUUGCUGUUGAGAAAAUUGUUAUUUAUAGGGUUUCAACACACUUGUUUUGGUUGAAUACAACCAAAUGUACCAAAUUCACUGUGAAAUUGUAAAUAUUUGUUUAGAGAAGGAUCCAAAUUUCAAAGAUCCCAUUUUGAUGAAAAUUAUAUUAAUAUAAUUUCUUAAGUAAUAUUGUUAGUAAUGUCUUUGUGAAUUAAAAGUGUGUACUAUUGGUAUUUGUAAUUGGCUUCUUUUGUUAUGCUUGUAAAGUAGCUUUUAUACCAGUGUGAAGUUUUUGUUUGCAUAAAGACUUGAUACUCAGAACCAUUAAGGGCUGUGGAUGGGCUGCAGCACAAUCAAUACAGUCUAAUUGCUGAUGAUUUUCAAGUAAGUCUUCUGGUAUGUUGCAAACACAUUCGAAGGAUUUACAAGCUUUUCUGUGUAAUUGAAUUGUGGGUCUUGAUCUUCAGUUGUAAUGUGUUUCAGUCAGACCUCUGAGAGUGUUGAUGUUUGGCUGACUGAACUAUUAACAUACAUGCAUAACUCUGUAUCUUUUUACCCAUUCAUCAUGUUUGCAAGCAUGUGGUCAUCGCCUCUGACUUCCCUAUUGUCUUAUUAUGGAUUUUCACUAUCUAUUGGAAUCUUUGGAACACAUCAGUCACAUUGUUUUGAGACACAACAAAGAACAGUUGAUCCCCAACAAUCCAUUGUGACAUCAAGAUGGGAUGGUCGCAGUUGUUUGACUUGUUUUAUCAUAUUUGUGUGGGUGUGGACGUGUCUGAGACAGUAGGUUAACAUAAGAGUCUCUGCAGUACGCUCACACAAACUGGUAAAACCUCAAUGUAAAAACAGCACAAAUCAUAUUUUCAAGCGUUAGUCUGUCGUUUCCUUUCCCAUCCUAAACUGGUUAAAAGCACAGUGUACAAAUCACUCCCCUGAUAAGACAUCAGGUUACAAAUUGAGCUCAGAAAUUUGUGAACUUGGGCAAAGUUGUGUAUUUUCAGUGUGAAACCAUUUACUAGUACUAGUAAAAGUCUCACUUUUCUCAAGUUCUUCAAGCAGAGGACCCACUACUGUACGCUGGAAAUUGUGACUGUUUACACACUCCGCUUUCUUUUGGAGCAAGACAGGAUGCCAUUCU